AUGGCUCCGAUAAAAACCAGCAAGGUCUCCUCGGCUUCAAAAUCUUCUAUCCAAAAAAAUUCUGCGUCUAGUGUUGGAGCACCCUCCCAACUUGCUCAAUCAAGCCGUAAGGGCAAGAAGGCAUGGCGGAAAAACAUUGACAUACAGCCUGUGGAACAAGGCCUAGAGAGUCUGCGUUCAGAAGAGCGAGUCAUCGGCUCCACGCUACAGAAACAGACAGACGAUCAAUUAUUUGUUGUGGACACGAAAGGAGACGAUAAAGUCCGCAAGUCGUUACCGCGGUACUCUAAGGCCGAGUUGACUUCUACGAAAAUACUUUCCCAACGAUCUGCCAUUCCUGCCGUGUUUUCUCGCCCAACAAAAGAUUCUAUACCAUCACGAUCAAAAGUAAGUAGAGCUGACAAGGAGCGUCUUCUUCGCAUCGCAAAGCGGCCCAGGAAGGGUCCAUUCAAUGCGGUUAUGGACCACACAGAGUUUGGUGCAGGGAGUGCUUUAAUCGAUGUUAGCGCUGCUGUGAAACAUAGCGGUUCUUAUGACCCAUGGGCUAUGGAGAAGGUGGAAGAACGCCCGGAGUUAUCUCAUCCCCGCGAUGUCAUAGAAGUUCCUGCUGUUUUGGAGCCACAUCAAGGAUCAUCAUACAAUCCCCCUUCUGCCGCACGUAAUGAGCUUAUUGUGGAGGCAUGCAAGAUAGAGCGACGUAGACAAGAUGAAGCGGAUCGAUUAGCCGAAGUUCGACAAAAGGUUGCCAAUGCACGCGCACUUGCCACAGAUGUCACAGAGGGUCUUCCACUCGGAAUGAUUUUGGAUGAGAUACCCGCAGAUGACGGCGAAACAAUCGUACAGCACGAUGCAGUUGUACCCAAAAAAAUAUCGGCACGUAAAACUAAGCAGCAACGAGCAAAGGCGGUGCGAUUGCGCGAGGAGAAACAAGCCUUGGCAGAAAAGGCGGCAAGAAAAAAAAUGCUUGCCACCAUCACAAUGGCUAAAUCUCUCCGAUCAAGUGCAGAGAAAGUUAGCCAACAACAAAAUCAAGCGCGAUUAGCAAGGCAGUUGGCGCUGAAGAUGAAGCUCAGAAAGGGCUUAGCUGGCCAACGACUGGGGAAAUAUAAAGUUCCUGAAAAUGAAAUUGAGGUUCAGAUCGGGGAGGAUCUGAGCGAAAAUCUACGAACGCUCAAGCCUGAGGGCAACUUAUUCCGUGAUCGCUUCCGUAGCAUGCAGCAAAGAGCCCUCAUUGAGCCUCGCGUACCCGUCGUCCCGACUAAGCGAGCGAAACUAAAAGAGUUUGAGAAGCACGCCUGGAAAAGAUUUGAGUAG